AUGAUAUUCGGUCAGGACUAUAAAUUAAAGAAAAAGUUCUUAUGCCUAAAACCUUUAAAAAAAAAUCAAUACGCUACUUCUCUUAAUAUUAAUUCAAAUACCGGUGAAAUCAAUACUGGGAUGGAUCGAAAAACUAAUUUUAGUGAAAACAGCUCGAGUAAUGUUUUAAUUGAUAUCAAACCGACUUUUUCUCCCACUUUAACAGCAAAUGAUGUCAUCAAAAAUGCUAAUAAAUCUAAAACAUCGAACAAAAAUAGAGCAAAAACAUUUCCAAACGGUUUUAUCGCGUAUAGAAUGGCAUUAACUAAAGAAUAUCGUAAUAACAACUUUAAAUUACCCCGUAUGGGUAAUCUUUCUAAAAUCGCACAAAAGUCUUGGGAGGAAGAAUCACAAGAAGUCAAAGACUUUUACAAUAAGCUAGCUGACGAUGCUAAAUCUUUGUAUAAUCAAAAUAAUAUUCAAAUUGUAUUUGAUAAGCAUAUGAAUGAAAUUGAAAACAGUCAAGAAAACGGUCGGCUUGCUAAGAGAGGUGCAGAAUCUGAUUACGUCAAUCGAGAUUUUGAGGUUCUUCCAUUUGAAAAUUCAAAAUUAACGCAAACUUCAGCAAGUGACUUUCACCCGAUUCAGGAUUCUACUAUCGAUUUCCAUUCUUCCCAUUAUAAUUACGUUAUUUUUCCUAAUAAAAGCUCUACAUAUAGUUCAUUAGUUAAUUCCCCUCUCAUUAAUAAUACUUCCGAAGUUCCAUAUGAAAUGAACAUAACGCUUAGCAAUCAAGAAUAUAUUAGAAUGUUGAAACAAACAAUUUAUUAUUUACUUUAA